AUGGGUUAUCCAACAAAUUUGAAGAUCACCACCAAGUCAUUGACUGAAAACAUACUACUUGCCUCAACCGCGUUUACGAGGUUUGAUAGGAUCAAUUUCGGAGCCCGAAUGGCUAUCUUGAAAUUUCCCGCCACUACUACACCAGUUGCAAAUGCAAAUGCAAAUGCUGGUGCUACUGCUGGUGCUGAUACCAAUGUUGGUGUUGGUGUUGGUGUUGCUGGAGACAAGAGCAGCAGAGAAAGAGUGGUGAUUUGGAGUCCGUUGCCAUACUCACCACAGGUGCUCGAAGUAAUUCAAAAGUUUACUGGUGCCAAAACCGAGGCAGAUAUCAGGAUUGAUUACGUGAUUGUUCCCGAUCGCGAACAUAACAUGGCGGCCAGUGUUUUCAAGGAGAAAUUUCCACAGGCCAAGAUUAUUGGUCCCGAAAAGACAGAGAAAGUUGACUUGGAUGUUGUAUUCACCGAAAGUUUGGGCAAUAAAGUGAUUGCGGGUGAAGAUUUGAGAAAGUUGAUUGAUGACGAUGUUAUUGUUGAUAAUUUUGAGUUUGUCUACUUGCCGUACCAUGCUAAUUCGGAGUUGGUUGCAGUAGAAAAGAAGAGCAAAGUAUUGUUUGAAGCCGACUUGUUGUUCAAUUUGGGCGCAAAAAACGAACAGCAAGAGCAAUUUUCACCAGCCACUGGGUAUCCCGAGAACUACAAUCCACACACUGGCUGGUCCUAUCCAACAAGGUACUUGCACCCAUAUUCCAAAGUCGGUAAGUAUAUGUUUAACAAGAUUGUCAAUAAAGCCCAGAGUAAAGCCGGGUUGGAAGCCAUUGGAGCUUUGGAUUUCAACGCAAUUGUUCUCUGCCACGGCAAUAUAAUAACUAAAAAUGCAAAGGAAGCUUUCAAACAUGUGUUUUUGAGCUGA